CUGGUUUCGUUGGACAAAGUCCUUUUUCGUUAUGUGCGAAAACGGCCAGCCCUCUCGUGACGCACUCAAAACCAUUGUCGUUUGAAGCAUAUUAUGUCGCUUGUAUUAAACACGGAACUUUGUUGAUAUUAAAAUAAAUAUGCGAGAUCGAGCCGUUUUGUCCCUAACGGUCGUUCGUCAAAUUCCAGUUUGAUGCCCGCCUAGGAACUCCUUUUUUCUUUGUUUUUUUGGUCCACUUUGAUUCUCGGUAGAUAGAUGACUUGCUGUCUUGCUCCUCGUCAAAGGAAAUUUGCCAUCUCCCGCCUUCACCGGUAUUCUACACAUGCCUUGUACUUUACGACUGAAAAUAUCAAAUAUAUUGCCAAAAUGCACAUUCCAACAUCUGAAACAAAUUCACGCCCUCAUCAUUGCAGCUUCUCUCGCUCGCAACAUACAAAUCAUCUCAAGAUUUCUUCGUCGAAGCACCGAAUUUGGUUCCAUGGAUUAUUCAACUCUUAUAUUCUCCCAAAUGGGUAAUGAUUUCGACACAGAAAUCUUGCUCUGGAAUGCCAUGAUUCGAGGGUACGCAUUCAAUGGUCCUUCUGAGAAAUGUCUAUUAAUGUUCGAUGAAAUGCCUCAAAAAGAGCUUAAACCGGAUAACUACACGUACCCAUAUGUGUUAAACUCCUGUUCUGAACUGAGGAAUUAUAGAAAAGGAAAGAGAGUUCAUUGCCAGAUUAUAAAGUCUGGAUAUGAGUCAAACUCUGCAGUUGCCCAUUCCCUUUUCAACAUGUACAUAAAAAUGCCGUCUUCUUUGGACUUUGGUUGGGUCGGUAGUUGCAGGUUAAAUGAUACCCGCAAGAUUUUCGACGAUAUGUCUAUGAGACCAAUAGAAGUGUGGAACAGAAUGAUAGCCGAGUAUGUGAGUUUCGGUGAUGUCAGGUCCGCGAGACAGUUGUUUGAGGUUAUGCCAGAAAGGGAUGCUGUUUCUUGGAAUUCUAUAAUUUCGGGUUAUGUUAAAGUAGGAGAAAUAGAAAAUGCAACAGAAUUGUUCGACUGGAUGCCGGAUAAAAAUGUUAUUUCAUGGACUUCGAUGAUCAGCGCCUAUGCUGAUAGAGGCGAUCUCGAAGCAGCAAGAAAAUUCUUUGAGAAAAUGCCAUGCAGGAAUGUGGUUUCUUGGAAUUCGAUGAUUUCAAGUUAUACCAAACAUGGGAAAUUUGUAGAAGCAUUGAAUCUUUUUGUUCAGAUGGAAUCUAUAGGUGUUAUUCCAGAUGGGUACACCUUUGUUUCUGUUUUGUCAGCAUGUUCAAGUUUAGGUGAUUUAGAGUAUGGGAGAUACGUGCACUAUUUAAUUGGUGAUUUCUCUCAAUUGGAAGUUAUGGUAGGGACUGCACUCGUAGAAAUGUAUGCACGUUGUGGAGAUGUGGAUAGAAGUUUUGCAGUUUUUAUCAAGGUAGCAAAUAAGGAUGUUUUUUGUUGGAAUGUUGUGAUAAAAUCUUUAGCUAUCAAUGGAAGAACUGAAGAUGCCAUCAAAGUUUUCUUUUUAAUGCAAAAGACUGGAUUGAAGCCAAAUGACUUCACAUUUACUAGUGCUUUAUUUGCUUGUAGCCACGGAGGAUUGAUAGAAGAAGGUCGUAGAAUCUUCUAUAGUAUGGAGAAAGAGUUUAAGAUUUGUCCCAAGGUUGAACAUUUUGGUUGUGUAAUUGACUUGCUUAGCCGGAAUGGCCAACUUGAAGAAGCAUGGCUUCUAGUGAACAAUAUGCCAUUUAAACCCGACAUUGCUAUAUGGGGAGCUUUACUUGGAGGUUGCAGGAUGAGAAAUGAAUUGAAAUUAGCAGAAAAGGUGAUACAGAGAGCUAUUGAAUUGGAAGCAAAUGAAUCAGGAGUUUAUGUGCUCUUGUCAAAUAUCUAUGCCUCAGUGGGGCAAUGGCAAGAGGCUCUAUGUGCCCGAGGAAACAUGGAAGAAAAGAAGAUAAUGAAAGAGGCAGGGAGUAGUAUCAUUUUCUAGGAUACUUUUUUGUAUGACUUCAAAAUUCAGAAUUCAACAAAUAAUAUCUUGGAAAAUAAAAGAUGUAAUGGCAUCAUUCCCAGGAAAAUGCAGCUCCUUUUUGGUAUCCUA